CAAUUACCCAGUGUACACUCCGCUGUGCGCUUGUACCUGUCUUGGCAGCCAAGACAAGUCCCUCUUCCAUCUCCAUGUCCUGCAACAAACUCACACUGCUGAUUGCUAAGUUUAGUAGUGAGGAGCCAUAAACAACAAAAAAAACCCCAAAAUGAAAUUUAGGGUUCAUCGGAGAUUUCCAGCAUUCAAUCAUCUCAAUCGCUUUUCCAAUCUCAACGUCUUUCAAUCUCACCGCAUUAAUCCCUCCUUCCUCAAGAAGCUUCAUACCUCUUUUUCUACUAAAGCUUCUCUUAACGAUGGCCAUAACAGUAGCAGCUCUAAUGGAAACACAUUUUUGUUGCCAGGCGCAACUGUAGCUACCAUACUAAUGUUUGGUGCUCUUCAUGCUCGUCGCCUUUACGAUGACAGGAAGGUUGAGGAGGCAAAGGAGAGAGGCAUAGAACCUGGGUUUCAACCUGAUGCAAAAGCAUCAUUUUUGAAUAUCCUACCACUGCGCACUAUUUCUCGAAUUUGGGGUUCCUUGAUGAGCGUGGAACUCCCUGUACAAAUGAGGCCUUAUGUGUACAAAGCAUGGGCGCGGGCAUUUCAUUCAAACUUGGAGGAGGUGGCUUUACCUUUGGAAGAAUAUCCAUCUAUGCGGGAUUUCUUUUCUCGGGGGCUGAGAGAGGGUUGCAGACCUAUAGAUAAUGAUCCUCAAUGCCUGAUCAGCCCUGUGGAUGGUAUUGUUGUGAGAUUCGGGGAGUUGAAAGAACCUGGUGCCAUGAUUGAGCAAGUUAAAGGUUUUUCCUAUUCUGUGUCCACUCUUCUGGGACUAAAUUCUUUCCUUCCCAUGGUCUCUGGGAAAGAUGUGGUUCAAAAGAACGGAGAAGUAGAAGACAGUCACAAGGAUCAAAUUAAGAAGUCAUGGUGGAGAGUUUCUUUGUCUUCACCUAAAAUUCAGGAUCCAAUACCUGCUAGCCCAAUGAAGGGUCUUUUUUAUUGUGUCUUGUACCUGAGCCCUGGAGACUACCAUCGUGUGCAUUCACCUGUUGACUGGAAUGUUCUUGUCCGCAGACAUUUUUCAGGUCGUCUUUUUCCUGUGAAUGAGCGUGCUACCAAAACAAUCAGAAACCUCUAUACCGAGAAUGAAAGGAUUGUGCUGGAAGGUCAGUGGCAACAAGGGUAUUUAGCACUUGCAGCAAUAGGUGCUACGAACAUUGGCUCUAUUGAGCUUUACAUUGAGCCAGAGCUGCGGACAAAUCGUCCUAGUAAGAAGUUUCUACAGUUCGAGCCACCUGAAGAGCGAAUAUAUGAACGAGAAGGUGUUGGCUUUAUGGUUAAGAAAGGGGAAGAGGUUGCAGCUUUCAACAUGGGAUCGACUGUGGUCCUUGUCUUUCAGGCUCCAGUAGCCAAAUCAUCAAAAGACAAGGCAUCAUCAACAGACUUUAGAUUCAACAUCAAUCGUGGUGAUAGAAUCCGUGUGGGAGAAGCGCUUGGGAGAUGGAAAGAUUGAAGACCAUUGAGGGAACUCGUAGAAGCAGGCUUACAGUAGUAACAGGAAAAAUAUCAUAGAAAAUGUAUUCAUUGCAUCUGUUAAUACAGCUACACUGACAGAAAGAAUAUUUUCUCCACUUAGAAUAUGAAUGUUUUGGUCACGUCUGAAAAGUGAUUGAUUGCAUAAUUAGAAUGAGGGAUUACACUAUGCUCUUUAUUUUAA